UCGUAACUUAUCCCUACAAAGACUCACCCACACGUAACAAAACCUGGCUUCGUACGUAGAAGUUUGAAUAAAAGGUCGAUGCACACUAGGAAUCUGAGUCAUAUAAUUGAACCGUGACCUUUGGUUUUGAUCAAUAUAAAGCACUACUCUUUUUAUUAUCCGCCAUUAAAUUUGAACGCGUCAUCACUUAAACAACAAUCUUUGUCACAUCUUCUCUGUUAAGUUUGUUAUGUGUGUUCUGCUUCUCUUUCACAAACUUGUUCUUCUAUUUUAUCCUUUAAAUUUAAAUAACUGAAACAGCACAAUUUCACUUACCUUUUUCCGCUUCCGUUUUUCCUCAUUAUCUUAUAUAUCUUAUUCGUUGUUGUUCUAUACUUUCUUCUUCUCCGGCCAUCCUCGAUGGCUUCUUCGUCGUCUCUAGGUAUCGGAAACAAUCGUUUAACCGCCGGAGUUGGUAUUCAGAAGAGAUGUUGUGAUGUUAACCGAGUAGUGACGUGUUCUGUUGCGAUCGGUGAUUGGACUCGAUCCACGGUCAAUAAAGGGAGGAUCUCUGCGGUGGCGACGGCGACGACGACGACUGUGACGGCGAAUAAGAUGAUUGUGGAACGUAAUGGGAAGAACAGGGGAGGAACAACCAAUGAAGCUAUUCAGGCUCAAGAGAGGCUUGAUAGGUGGAUGAGGGAAUCGGUGGUGGAGAUUGUGAAGAAUUUGAAGGAAGCACCGUUGUUGGUGCAAAUUUAUUCAAAGAAGAAAGACGAAACUACGAAGUUAGCGACGGAGAAGGUGGAGGAUUGGGAGGCCGUGAAGGAAAGAUGGGAGACCGGUGAAACUCCGAUGCCGGAGGGGGUUAUAUUUGUGGAGGAGUUGGGGGAAGAUGAGGCGGAGGACGGUGGUGAAAGAGGGCUGAAAGAAAGAACGACGAAGAUGUGGGGGGUUGUGGUUCAAGGAAAAGGUGUUGGGUGUGACCCGGUUUGUUAUUUGUUGAAAACGAGCCGGGUUGGGUCUGGACCGGGUUCAGGAAUGGGUGUUUUCUCGACCCAUUUUUGUUUGGUGAGAGUGAAGAGCUUUGGAGAAACCGCACAGUCUCAACUUAAGAAUUGUUGGCUAUUGCAAAGUCAUUGGUUGAGACAGUGAUUAUUGAUUAAUCGAUUUGAUUAAUUAAUUAAAUUCAUGAUGUUGUACAGUUUUAUUCUAUAAGCAAUUUUUUCAAGUUGAUAUGAUUAUCUAUAUCAAACAAAGGUGUGGAUCUGUAUAGGGCUAAAGCCACGAUCAUUAGCACUAAUUGGAUUGAUCGAUCGAUCAUCAAACUGUUAUUCGUUUGUAGGGGAUUUUUACUUGAUGAAUGAUUUGUUAUAAUUAUUGAUUGAUCAUUAAGGAUCCAAUUCAAUGUUGAAUAGAUGUUAGUCUGCGGUGAUGCGAUAAUAGUAGUGUCGCUGUGGAUCACUACAAUGGAAUAUAUGAGAUUAAAAUGUCAA